GAGUGCUCAGAGAUAGCCCCUGACAGCACCAUGAAGGCAGGUACCAUCUUCCUCCUCCUGGGGCUCCUCACCCUGGGGAACGCCGAGAAACGCGCCACAGCUAAGGACGGUGAGUGUCCGGCCGAAAUGAAGGGGCCCGCACGCCCCCCUCAGGCCUACUGUCUCUCGGACGAGUCCUGCCCAGGGAGCGAGAAAUGCUGCAGCGAAGGCGACAGGAGAGUCUGCGUCCUCCCAGAUUCAGUGCACCCUGGGUAUUGUCCCAAGCCAGACCCUGGCCUGGUCACCAUCUGUCUUGUGAGCUGCUCUGACGACGCGCAGUGCUCCAUGGACGAGAAGUGCUGCGUUAUCGGCUGCCACAGAAAAUGCACCAAAGCUGAGCCAGCCUCCCCUGGUGUUUGUCCCAAGAGGAAAGUGCUGCAAUCAUUUGCUCCUUGCAACAACAAGUGUGAUACCGACAGGAGCUGCCCUGCGGAACAGAAAUGCUGCUUCACCGGCUGUGCCCUUGACUGUGUCCCCCCACAAGCAGGUGCCCUCAGCACCACCCCGCCGCCUGCCCAGUCCGGAGAGGGCUGGGACUGGACCAAACAGACUCCAGAGGGAGGCAGUGUUCCAGGGAAGCCUGGGAUGCCAAGGAAACGUGGCACCUGCCCACCCAACCUCAUCAAGUGUCUCUACACAGAGCCCCCUCUGUGCCUCAAUGACAGCGACUGCCGGGGACGGCAGAAGUGCUGCUACAACAUGUGUCGGUUCCGCUGCGUGGACCCGGAGGAAGAGAAACCCGGCAUCUGCCCAGCUGAGGCCCCAGAGGGCAGCUUUGAUCCCUGCUUUUUCCGCUGCUCCGAGGACAGGGACUGCCUGGGAAGCGAGAAAUGCUGCCUCCUGAGCUGUGGGGCCGGCUGCCUGGAGCCCGUGCAGGAUAUCUGCCAGCUGCCAGUCCAAGUGGGUCUCUGCGACGUCUACUCCUUCCGGUACUUCUACAAUGCCACCGCCCAGAGGUGCGAGCAGUUCUUGUACCGCGGCUGCAGGGGAAACGCCAACAACUUUAGGACAAAAGCCGAGUGUGUCCAGGCCUGCGCAGGCCACGAGAAGCCCGGCGAGUGCCCAGCCGUCGCACAGGGACAGGCUGGUGCCUGUGACGAGAAAUGCCGCCGCGACGACGACUGCCCGGGUUCCCAAAAGUGCUGUGGGAACGGCUGCGGCUCUGAGUGCACCUCAGUGACCCCAGAAGUGAGGCCUGGAGUCUGCCCGGCAUUACCAGGAGGAGCCGUCGGUGCCUGUGAUGAGAGAUGCCGUUCUGACAGCGACUGCCCGGGCGCCCAGAAGUGCUGCAGCAACGGCUGUGGCCUGGCCUGCAUGGCGGUGAAACUUCUCGUGAAACCUGGCGUGUGCCCAGCCAGAGGCCCGGGGGCCAGCGAGGAGCCCUGUCUAUCCCCCUGCGCCCAGGACAGCGAUUGCAGAGGAACCGCCAAGUGCUGCCCCCUCGGCUGUGGCCGCACCUGCCUCGCCCCUCAGAAAGAGAAACCGGGGCUUUGCCCAGCAUUUAAAAUCAGAGACGAGGGGCCUCCCCUGACGCUGUGCCAGCAGGACAGCGACUGCCACAAGAGAGACAAGUGCUGCAGGAUGGGCUCCAGCUACGUCUGUGCACCGCCCUCCCCCACAGCAGGGACCCCCACAUCUGGCCCAGCCACCCCCGAGGGGCAUGGUGGGCAGAGAUGCUACAGUGACCAGGACUGCCCGGGAGCAGAGAGGUGCUGCAGCCAUCGGUGCCGCCAGGCGUGCCCAGCGCAGGGCAGUGGGAAGCCUGGAUUCUGCCCCGUGCGCAACGGGCUCUACUUCAGCUAUGACUGCGACGCCAGAUGCCAAGGGGACGGCGAGUGCCCCGGGGCCCAGAAGUGCUGCCUGCGCGGCUGCGACCACGAGUGCUUGGCCCCUUCUGAAGAGAAGCCCGGCAUCUGCCCCCUGACAGACGGGACAACGUCCGAUUCCCCCUCGUGCAAGUCCUCGUGCGCAGAGGACAAGGAGUGUGCAGGGGACCAGAAGUGCUGUGACAGUGGGUGUGGCCGGACAUGCCAGGCCCCGGAGAGAGAGAAACCUGGCGCGUGCCCAGCGCAGAAGCCCUGGCAAACACUGGUGCCGUGCAACGAGGAGGACACCUGCGCUCAUGACCGGGAUUGCCCCAGGCAGGAGAAGUGCUGCUUCGCCGGCUGUGCCAUGCACUGCGGCCCCCACUACAAAGAGCAUCCCGGUGCCUGUCCCAGGGCAAAGGCCUGCAGCGACCCGACGCAGCGCCGGUCAAACCAGUGCCUGGACGACCACGUGUGCGAGAGACACGAGAAGUGCUGCGAGACGGGGUGCCGCCGGGAGUGUGUGGCCGUGCGCACAGAGAGCGAGGACAAGUCUGGGGACGGCACCACGGGCCCCUGCGUGGACGAGUGCAGGGCUGACGAGGAGUGUCCCAAAGGACAAAGAUGCAGAAGCAGUGGCUGUGGCCGUGUCUGCCAGGAAGUCUCCCGAGGCGUCUGCCCGAGGCCCCUGGGCUUUGGGCCGUGCGUGGAAUUGUGCUUUGCUGAUGUGGAGUGUCCCAGGGGACAGAAGUGCUGCAGCAAUGGGUGUGGCCACGUCUGCAUGACGGCAAUCACCGGAGGGAGACCUGGCCUGUGUCCAAAGCCCCAAGGGAAAGGCCUUUGUGUGGAGCGAUGCCAGGAGGACGAGGAGUGUCCCAGGGGGAAGAAGUGCUGCAGUAAUGGGUGUGGUCACGUCUGCAUGUCCCUGAUCUCUGCAGAGAAGCCUGGGACCUGCCCACCGGACCCAGCAAAGUGUCAACACGCAGCCCCCCCGGAGUGUGACAGUGACGGCGGGUGCCCUGGGAGGAAGAAGUGCUGCUUUAGGACGUGUGCCAUGCGCUGCAUAGACCCAGAGGAAGAUGCUGUAUAACGAGCGGGCCCAGCGCUGCAGGAGCUGAAAGGAAGCCACACCUUUAUCACGGGACAGCCCAUCGUUUGAACCCCCUCGCUGGCCCGGCCCCCUCCCGCCUGCUCUGCCCAUGUAACCUCCAGACCACGACAGACUCCCCAGCAAUAAAGCGAGUGCCGGCGCCA